CAACUGCUGCUCCUACAACCACUACAUCUCCAGAACCUAUUACGACAACCACUGCAGAUCCUGCUACAACAACUACAACUUCAGCUCCUACGACAACCACAACAGCAGCAUCUCCAACAACAGUAGCUCCCAUGACAACUGCAGCUUCUACAACAGCUUUAGCAUCUACGACAACCACUGCAGCUCCUGCUACAACAACUACAACUUCAGCUCCUACGACAACCACAACAACAGCAUCUACUACAACACCUGCAGUUCCUACAACUGUAGCUCCCACGACCACUCCACCUGCUGUACUUCCUACAACAAUCACAACUACAGCUCCUGAUACAACAACUUUAGCUUCUACGUCAACCACAGCAGCUGCCUCUACGACAACCACAGCAGCUCUAACUACAACAAUUGCUGCUCCAACGACCACUACAACUCUAGAACCUAUUACGACAACUACUGCAGCUCCUGCUACAACAACUACAACAUCAGCUCCUACGACAACCACAACAACAGCACCUCCAACAACUGUAGCUCCCACGACAACUGCAGCUCCUACAACAACUUCAGCUCCUACGACAACCACAACAACAGCACCUCCAACAACUGCUGCUCCUACCACUGUAUCUCCACAACCUACUACGACAACCAGUGCAGCUCCUACUACAACAACUGCUGCUCCUGCUACAACAACUACAGCUCCUACGACAACCACAACAACAGCACCUCCAACAACUCCCACAACAACUGCAGCUCCUACAACAGCUUUAUCAUCUACGACAACCACUGCAGCCCUAACUACAACAACUGCAGCUCCUGCUACAACAACUACAACUUCAGCUCCUACGACAACCACUACAACAACUACAACUUCAGCUCCUACAACAACCACAACAACAGCUCCCACGAUAACUGCAGCUCCUACAACAGCUUUAGCAUCUACGACAACCACGGCAGUUCCUGCUACAACAACUACAACUUCAGCUCCUACGACAACCACAACAACAGCACCUCCAACAACUGUAGCUCCCACGACAACUGCAGCUCCUACAACAACUUCAGCUCCUACGACAACCACAACAACAGCACCUCCAACAACUGCUGCUCCUACCACUGUAUCUCCACAACCUACUACAACAACCAGUGCAGCUCCUACUACAACAACUGCUGGUCUAACGACCACAGUGACUGCAGCACCUUCUACAAUAACUACAACUUCAGCUCCUACAACAACCACAACUGUAGCUCCCACGAUAACUGCAGCUCCUACAACAGCUUUAGCAUCUACGACAACCACUGCAGUUCCUGCUACAACAACUACAACUUCAGCUCCUACGACAACCACAACAACAGCACCUCCAACAACUGUAGCUCCCACGACAACUGCAGCUCCUACAACAACUUCAGCUCCUACGACAACCACA